AUGCCACCUGAGAAGACGCCACCUGAGAAGACGUUACCUAAGAAGAUGUUACCUGAGAAGAUGUCACCUGAGAAGACACCACUUGAGAUGUUACCUGAGAAGACACCAACUGAGAAGACACCACCUGAGAAGGCAUCAUCUGAGAAGGCGCCACCCGAGAAGACGCCACCAGAGAAGAUGCCACCUGAGAAGACACCAUCUAAGACGCUACCUGAGAAGACACCACCUGAGAAGACGCCACCUGAGAAGACACCACCUGAGAAGACGCUACCUGAGAAGACGCCACCUAAGAUGCCACCUGAGAAGAUGCCACCUGUGAAGAUGCCACCUGAGAAGACACCAUCUAAGAAGGCGUCACCCGAGAAGACACCACCUGAGAAGAUGUCCCCUGAUAAGAUACCACCUGAGAAGAUGCCACCUGAGAAGACGCCACAUGAGAUGCUACCUGAGAAGACACCAACUGAGAAGACACCACCUGAGAAGGCAUCACCUGAGAAGGCGUCACCCAAGAAGACGCCACCUGAGAAGAACUCCCCUGAGAAGAUGUCAUCUGAGAAGACACCACCAGAGAAGACACUCCCUGGGAAGACACCAUCUAAGACGCUACCUGAGAAGACACCACCUGAGAAGACGCCACCUGAGAAGACGCUACCUGAGAAGACGCCACCUAAGAUGCCACCUGAGAAGAUGCCACCUGUGAAGAUGCCACCUGAGAAGACACCAUCUAAGAAGGCGUCACCCGAGAAGACACCACCUGAGAAGAUGUCCCCUGAUAAGAUACCACCUGAGAAGAUGCCACCUGAGAAGACGCCACUUGAGAUGCUACCUGAGAAGACACCAACUGAGAAGACACCACCUGAGAAGGCAUCACCUGAGAAGGCGUCACCCAAGAAGACGCCACCUGAGAAGAACUCCCCUGAGAAGAUGUCAUCUGAGAAGACACCACCUGAGAUGUCACCUGAGAAGACACCACCUGAGAAGGCGUCACCUGAGAAGACGCCACCCGAGAAGACGCCACUUGAGGAGACGCCACCUGAGAAGACGUCACCUGAGAAGAUGCCACCUGAGAAGGUCUCACUUGAGAAGACACCACCUGAGAAAAAGCCACCUGAGAAGACGCCACCCAAGCAGAUGCUACCUGAGAAGACACCACCUGAGAAGACACUCCCUGGGAAGACACCAUCUAAGACGCUACCUGAGAAGACACCACCUGAGAAGACGCCACCUGAGAAGACACCACCUGAGAAGACGCUACCUGAGAAGACACCACCUGAGAUGUCACCUCAGAAGACACCACCUGAGAAGACGCUACCUGAGAAGACACCACCUGAGAAGACGCUACCUGAGAAGACACGACCUGAGAAGACGCCACCUGAGAAGACGUUGCCUAAGAAGAUGUCACCUGAGAAGAUGUAA